UUAUACCCAUGCUUUUUCCAGGAACCUCUUAGGAGCCUACUUGCCGUACCAAGGUCUCAUCUUGCACAAAGCUGCCUGAAUGAGAGGCUUAAUUUUGCCUGCAGCUCCUUCAGUACUCAGGCGGCAAGCACAGGCAGCACUCCACCGCCACCUCCACCUCCACCUCCACCUCCAGAAAAGACCCACUUUGGUGGACUUAAAGACGAGGAUCGCAUAUUCACCAAUCUGUAUGGCUUGCAUGACCCUUUCCUCAAAGGUGCCAUGAAGCGAGGUGACUGGUACCGGACAAAGGACUUGGUACUGAAAGGAUCUGACUGGAUUGUAAAUGAAAUGAAGAAGUCUGGUCUACGGGGUCGCGGAGGAGCUGGCUUUCCUUCUGGUCUGAAGUGGUCUUUCAUGCCAAAGGUAUCUGAUGGCCGUCCUUCCUAUCUUGUCGUCAAUGCCGAUGAGAGUGAACCAGGAACUUGCAAGGACAGGGAAAUCAUGCGUCAUGACCCACACAAACUUAUCGAGGGGUGCUUGAUUGCAGGAGUUGGCAUGAGGGCUACAGCAGCUUACAUCUACAUAAGGGGAGAGUAUGUGAAUGAGCGCUUGAACCUUGAAAAAGCUCGAAAAGAGGCCUACCAGGCUGGGUUAUUGGGUAAAAAUGCUUGUGGUUCAGGCUACGAUUUUGAUGUGCACAUUCACUUUGGUGCAGGUGCUUACAUUUGUGGUGAAGAAACUGCUCUAUUGGAAAGCCUUGAAGGGAAACAGGGUAAGCCAAGACUGAAACCUCCUUUUCCAGCGAAUGCUGGAUUGUAUGGUUGCCCCACUACUGUCACAAAUGUAGAGACAGUCGCAGUAUCUCCCACCAUACUUAGACGAGGACCUGAAUGGUUUGCAAGCUUCGGUCGGAAGAACAAUUCUGGUACUAAGCUUUACUGCAUUUCUGGCCAUGUCAAUAAACCUUGCACUGUGGAAGAGGAGAUGAGCAUACCAUUAAAAGAACUCAUAGAGAGGCACUGUGGUGGCGUCAGAGGAGGAUGGGACAAUUUGCUAGCUAUUAUACCUGGUGGAUCUUCUGUCCCUCUGUUACCAAAACACAUCUGUGAUGAUGUACUGAUGGAUUAUGAUGCACUGAAGGCUGUUCAAUCUGGAUUAGGAACAGCUGCUGUUAUGGUGAUGGAUAAGUCCACAGAUGUGGUGGAUGCCAUUGCAAGGCUAUCAUAUUUCUACAAGCAUGAGAGCUGUGGUCAAUGUACUCCUUGCAGGGAGGGAACUGGAUGGCUGUGGAUGAUCAUGGAAAGAUUGAAGGUUGGUAAUGCGAAGAUCGAAGAGAUCGAUAUGCUUCAGGAAGUAUCAAAGCAGAUUGAAGGGCAUACCAUCUGUGCAUUGGGUGAUGCGGCGGCAUGGCCUGUUCAAGGGCUCAUCAGGCACUUCAGGCCUGAACUGGAAAGGCGGAUACGCGACCGGGCGGCGAGGGAGCUGUUGGAAGCUGCUGCUGCUUAAGCUGCUCAUGGUGUUAGAUUUCUGAAGUUCACAUCUGUUCAAUAAUGAAAUGCCUUUUACUUUGAAUUUUUUAAGGGGUUCCCUGCCUACAUGAACUUAUUCCAGGUAAUUACAUGAGAUGAAAGAAAUGACAGCUUAUCUUAUUGUAUGAUUUGAACUGAACAGCUCUGUUUUAGCAUGAAUGGUAAUGCUAUCACCUCAUUAUUUAUUGAAGCUGAGAUCUAUGGUGAUAAAGAUGGUGAUUUAUUGGGAUUUUGUAAGGCA